GCUCUCAACCACAACCACCACCACCACCACCACAUGGAGGAGAAGAUAACUCUCCGGCCAUUCACCAUCUCCGACGCCGACGACUAUAUGGUCUGGGCUUCCGACGACAAAGUAACCCAUUUCUGCAGCUGGAACUCAUAUACUGACAAGAACACACUCAUAGACUACAUAGAAAAAACAGUUCUCCCCCACCCUUGGUUCCGGGCCAUAUGCCUGAACGGACGUCCGGUGGGGGCUAUCUCAUUCAUGCCGGCGACCGGUAAUGAUAGUUGCAGAGGUGAGCUUGGAUAUGUUUUGUCUUCAGAGCAGUGGGGGAAAGGAGUAAUGACAAAAGCAGUGAAGCUGGCAGUGAAGAGUGUGUUUGAGGAGAUGAAAGGGUUGGAGAGGGUGGAGGCUUUAGUUGAUGUGGAGAAUAAAGGUUCUUUGAAGGUUUUGGAGAAGGUAGGGUUCUUGAAAGAAGGGGUGCUUAGGAAGUAUCUUGUUCAUAAAGGGACAACUAUUGAUAUGAUUAUGUUUAGCUUCUUGUCCACUGAUACCAUGCUUGAAUGAUAUAUUUAUGUAUUGUAUAAGUAUUUGUGAGUUAUUUCGUGUCGCAUGUCUUUGUUUUGAUUCUUAUUUAUCUUGUUGAAUUAAUGAAUUAUGUAUUAUAUAUCA